CUUUGAGAGGCGUGAGUUUCUGCCAGAGAUCAGAAGCGCGAGUCGCAGCACACACUCUUUCAGCAGAGUUUCAGCGGGACACAGCAGCUGUAGGAGCUUCACUAACCCAAACUCUCUCUCGGCUUUUCCAGUAUCAGUAGUUCCAGACAACUAUGGAGACUCCAGGUCAGAAACGAAGCAGCCGUGGUGGGGUGACCACUGUCCUGUCCCCCACCCGCAUCUCUCGGAUGCAGGAGAAGGAGGAUUUGAGCAACCUGAAUGACCGUCUGGCUGUCUAUAUCGAUAAGGUUCGCUCUCUGGAGGUGGAGAACGCAGGUCUGCGUAUGCGCAUCACUGAAUCCGAGACGGAGAUCAGCCGGGAGCUGAGUGGCAUGAAAGCGGCGUACGAGGCAGAGCUCGCUGACGCCAGGAAAACUCUGGACUCGGUGGCCAAAGAACGAGCCCGACUGCAACUGGAGCUCAGCAAAGUGCGUGAGGACUACAAGGAGCUGAAGGCCAGGAACGGUAAGAAAGAAGCGGAUCUGGAAUCUGCUCUGGCCAGGCUGAAGGAUCUGGAGGCUCUACUGAACUCCAAGGACGCGUCUCUGUCCACAGCUCUGGGGGAGAAGAGAACACUGGAGGUGGAAGUCAGAGAUUUGAAAGCCCAGCUGGCCAAGUUGGAGGGCAGUCUGAACGAUGCAAAGAAGCAGCUGCAGGAUGAAAUGCUGCGACGUGUGGACGCCGAAAACCGAAUCCAGACACUGAAAGAGGAGCUGGAGUUCCAGAAGAACAUCUACUCUGAGGAGCUCCGUGAGUCCAAGCGCAGACAUGAGUCACGUAUGGUGGAAAUCGACAGCGGCCGCCAGCAGGAGUAUGAGAGUAAACUGUCUGACGCUUUAAUUGACCUCCGCAGCCAACAUGAAGAGCAGCUCCGCAUUUACAAGGAAGAAAUCGAGAAGACCUACAACUCCAAGCUGGAAAAUGCUCGCUCUUCUGCUGAAAGGAACAGUCAUCUGGUUGGAGCCGCCCAUGAGGAACUGCAGCAAACACGUGUUAGGAUGGAGGGUGUGAGUUCCCAGCUCAGUCAGCUGCAGAAACAGUUGGCUGCUCGAGAGGCGAAGAUCCGCGAGCUGGAAGAGGCUCUGUCCAGAGAGAGGGACAUCUUGCGCCGUCGUCUGGAGGACAAGGAGAAGGAGAUGGCUGAGAUGAGGCAGCGCAUGCAGCAACAGCUGGACGAGUACCAGGAGCUGCUGGACAUCAAACUCGCUCUGGACAUGGAGAUCAGUGCCUACAGGAAGCUUCUGGAGGGAGAGGAGGAAAGACUUCGUCUGUCUCCGAGUCCUCCUCCUGCUCGUGGGGUGACUGUGACCCGCUCCUCUGGUUCAGGCUCUCACACUCGUGUGGUUCAGAGCAGCACCAGUCGCACGUCCUCCGGCAGCGCUAAGAAACGCCGCUUAAACGAUAACGACAGCGACGCCUCCAGUGUGGUUGGUGGAACAGUGACCCGCACACGGAUCUCCCAGCAAGCCUCAGCCAGCGGCCGCGUCACCGUCGACGAAGUAGACCUGGAAGGAAAAUUUGUGCGGCUUAAUAACAAGUCUGACCAGGAUCAGUCUCUGGGUCACUGGCAGGUAAAGAGGCAGAUUGGUUCUGGCACUCCCAUCGUCUACAAGUUUCCACCCAAAUUUACCCUGAAGGCAGGACAGACUGUCACGAUCUGGGCGGCAGGAGCAGGAGGAACCCACAGUCCUCCAAGUGACCUGGUGUGGAAGACCCAGAACUCAUGGGGCAGUGGUGAUUUAUUCCAGACCACCCUCAUCAGCUCCAGCGGAGAGGAAAUGGCGAUGAGAAAAGUCACACGGACUUUGUUCCAGGAUGAGGAAGAUGAUGAGAUGGCGGCUCACAGCACGUGCGGGGACAGCGAGUAUAACCUGCGCAGCCGUACUGUGCUGUGCGGCUCGUGUGGUCAGCCGUCCGACAGGAACAGCAGCUGUGUUUCUGCAAGCUCAGGAGUGUCCAGCGCAUCUCGCUCCUUCAGCAGUGGAGGAGGAGGAGGACUCACUGAAGCUUUUGUGUCGCCCUCUCACUUUAUAGUGAGCAACGACAAACCCAGACAGGCUGGACCCAAAGUAGACAACUGCUCCAUUAUGUAGAGGAGCUGUAAACAAACCCUGACCAUCUGUGCUUUCACACAAACCAGGAGGAUCUCAUCCCAAAACUAGUUUCUUUUCAGAUUUUUUAAAAAAAGUCUUAUCAUUAUCACACUAUAACAUAUGUGUACUUCAGUCUAUCUUGUUUCGUAUUUCAUAAUCUACCGGCUAGAUUUAUUUGGCUUUUUGUAUGGCAGCUUGUAGACAGUAGUUUGCGAUUAUUAUGUACAGUGUUACUCUAAUAUAUAAAUGCAUGGUGGCAGCAGCAGCAGCAGAAGCUUCAGAAUGAUGGUCCUGCACUCAGGGAGAGAGGCAAACUGAGCACUUCACACUCACACCAUGAGCUCUCAAUGCUGUCAGAAAGCAACACGCACAGUCAACAAACCCUAUCAGAAGCUCCAGUGAAGUGGACUACAGUUGUACAGCACAUAGGAUAGUUAUUUAGCUCAUAAACGUGGACAGUAAGACAUAGUGAGUGUCAUUUAAAGAGACAGUACACCUAAGAAUGGACAUUUGCUGUUGAAUUACUCAUCCCAGGUCAUCCAAGAUGUGACCUUUUCUUCAAGAGAACAUAAGGAAUAUUUUUUAGAUUAAAAACUGGUUUUGGGGGAUUUGAAACAUGCAAUUCAUUAUGAAUACUUUCAAGAGUCAAAUAUAUAUACAGGCAACACAAAAUUAAUAGCUGUGACUCCUAAUAAACUGUGGAGAGGAUUACAUGUGAAUAAUAUUCAGUUUCAGUUUGCUCCAUAAGCAGUGUUGGGUAAAGUUAUUUUUUAAAGUAAUAUAUACAAUCAUAAUUUAAAACAACUGCAAAAAUAACUACAAAUUCACUAAGUAACAUGUUUAGUUACUUAAAAAAGGGACUUAAGAUUGCUAUAUGUUACUUUUUAAAGUAUUUUACCCAACAAUGUCUAUAAAACUUUAAUGUAUUGUCAAGAGAACCUGUGUAUUUAAUUUAGUUUUGCCUGUAUAUGUUUUAUUAUGACUCUCAAAGUUUUAUAGACGGUUGACAUGAGUUUUAUGAAUCACCAAGAACCACGUUUUUAGCUAAAAUCUUCUUCAAUGACCUCUGAAAAUAGAAAUUCAGCUACAUCUUGAAUGGCCUGUGGAUGAGUAAAAUAAAUCACACAUUUCCAUUUCGUGGUGAACUCUAAUGUAAGACAAGAAAAUGAGGGGUCAUUUUACAGUACGUCGCCUCAAACCUCUGUGUCAUAGGAAGUUUUAUGCUACCUCUCGCAGUCUUGUAGUCGAAAUGAUGUGCACCUACUAAAGGGAAAAGAAAAGUGAGCAUGUUAUGUGUUAUAGAGAGACUUGAGGAUAAAAAAAAUACAGAUGCAUUGGAGACGGUUUAAACAGGUACUCUGUGUUUUUUUGCAGUGCGUUUACAGGCUCUGACUAGACUGCAGUAUGUCAUGUCUUGCGUAAUUAGUGUUAUGGGAUGUUUCUUAAAGACUUGAAGCAAAUAUAAAACGCAUCCAAAGUUCUCCUUAACAGUUUGCAUUUACCAAGACUUUGUCGAUGUUUUAAACAAAGGCUUGACUCAUUGGUUUAAAAGCAAAACUGAAGUUUACUUGCAGAGAAAGCUGUAUUAUGUUGCCAGAGAAAUCAUGUUGAGUUUAAUGUGAUGUAUUUUUGUUUUCGACCUUAGAGGCGGAAUAUUUAAAUAUGCAAAAUGACCACCGUCAUUCCCUGUUUAAAUUAGCAUUUUUAAUUUGUUUUUUUACGGUGGUACUUUUGAUAAAUGUGCAUGUAGACUAAAACAUUUGCGUUUCUCUAUCUCUGUGUCUAUGGGACUGAGUGUUGAUUUGCUCUCGUCACUUCUGCUCUCUUGCAGUAGAUCCAGUUCCUCACCUGGUCAGCUGUAAGCCUCUAGUAAUCCUUUUUUUCAUUGAUCUCCAGUCAGUUUAGAGGAUCAAAGUCUAGACCUAAUAAAUGAAAAAGCUGGAGCAGAUUUGAUCAUAGGAGAUUAAGAACAUAAGCAGAGCUACAGCUCUCCAGAAUGAGGACUGUAUAAUGCUGGCAUUAAACAUGUAUUUUAUUGCUUCGCAACGCUUUGGGUUUCUAAAGAAAAGUAUUGGGAUAGUAUAUCUAUUUUUUCUAUAUAUAUAUAUACUUAUGAAUGGUGGUAUUUUUGCUUGCAUAGCCAUGGACAUUAUUGUAAUAAGCCAUGUUUUUUGUUUUUAAACUGAUGAUGUAUUUCAGUUGUUUUGUUAUGGCAUCUUUGGCUUAUGCAAAGAAACACUUACUGAUAGCUGUUAAUUUUCUGUUGGUGCAUUUUUAUUAGCAAACUUCAAAGAAAAAAUCUUUGUUUUCUUGAUUUUGAGACUUUGUUUUUAGUUAGAUGGCUAAUGUCAUGAAGGUUUUGUAAAAAAAUUAAAAGGUUUCUGACUGCAGAGCAAUGCAGGGAAUGUUUUGUUGAUUUUUGUUUUUUAAUGAUUAUUAUGUUUUAUUGUUUUGUGAAGAAUUUCACAAGAAACUGUCAAAUCUGAGAGCCUGUUAUGAACUGUGCCUUGAUUUAUUUUUUUCAGUUAAAUCAAAUAAAGCCAUUCUGACUUUU